UUUUAAGGCAGGUCCUGGUCAAACCUACCAAUGAUACAAGUCGGUCCUAUUCUGCUGGGACUGAUCGCAAUGAACGGGUGUCGGAGCUCUGCACGGCAAAGGAGCAACCACAGCGAGACGAGGCGAUCAAGGGGAUGCGGCAUCGGUACGCGGGAGCUGUCCAUCAGCACCAAAUCCCCGACGAAAGGCAAGGAAGCAGCAAGCAGAGCCGAGACCAAGUCGCUCCUGUUUUCAGCUUGCCGCCCCCGCCCUCUUCUCACCACCGAGACCGCACUUCGACCACCGCCGCUCACCGCCAGAGCCUCCAGGAGCUCCCCUGUCUGAGCCAGCCCUCACGGAGACCUGUUCACAGCGGCGACCCUCUACCUCUGGCGAGCUACGACACCGCCCAGCGACCUUCACACCGAGGCAGUGAACCCACCACCGGGCACCCGGCGCACCUGCAGCAGGAUCCCUGGGCCCCGACCGGCUCUCAGCAGCAGCAGCAGCAUCAGCAUCAGCCGCCGCCGCCGCCGCCGCAGUCGGAGAAGCAGCCUGUUUUUCCAAGCUGCCACUGCAGUUUUUCCGAGCAGGAGGCGAGCUUUUCUCAAAAUCAGCACCACCAUCCUGUCGAUCCUCUCCCACCGCAGCCCUCCCCACCUUUUCCGCCGCCUAUACCACCGCCACCAACAUCUUCCUCCUCCUCUCUGCUGUUUUCCCGGGAAUCUAAAAGAGGGGAUCGUCUCCGAAGGAGUGCCAAUAAUUACCAACAGGCAAGCAUCGUGGAACGCUGCAGGGGAGGAGGAGGAGCAGGAGGGCACCGAGACCACAGGCAGUUGUUGCAGCAACAGCAUCAGCAGCAGCAGCAGCAACAGCAUCAGCAGCAGCAGCAGCAACAGCAUCAACAGCACAGUCAUUUAAGACUCCAACAGAGGGACCCCUCCCCUGAAGGAAUCCGUGCAAACUCACAGAAAGGGCGCUCUUUAAAUGUAUGUGAGUCAACCGAGGCUAACAGAAGAGCAUUUGAGUCUCAGACUCAGGACCUGCAGCAGCAACAGAUCCCACAAUUACGAGCGCAGCAACAGCUACUGGUGGGGAGCAGCUUGCCUAUCAACUACUGCGCCAGCGGCUCAGGAGAGCUAUGUAGGACUCACCAGGCUCCACUGCUGCAACAGCAAGAGCAGCAGCAGCAGCAGCAGCAGCAGCAGCAACAGCGGCAGCAGCAGCAGCAGCAGCAGCAGCAAGGCGCACUGGGGCUCUGUCCCCAGCGUCCGCAGCACUGUGAACAAGACCGCAAUAAGUCUGGGAGGAUCUCCGCGCAAGGCGAUCAGGCGCAUCAGCCACACAGCCGCGACUCCCGCGUAACCCCCCCGGUAACACAACAGGCAUACGCGGGGAACUCGUCUGCGACUGUCAGCAACAGCAGCAGCAAAGACAGCCCCAACUACGGAUCGAGCUAUCACCUGUGGCCAGAGAGCCCGCAUAAAGGAGAGGAGAGGAUACGCAUCGACUUCCAUAAGGCCACUACUGAGCAGAAGAAGCUGAGCCAUGCUGGAUCCAAGCCCUCCCUCUCCGAGAGCAGUGGCCGACUCCCUCAGAUAGCCAUGAACACCUGCAAGUACAAUGGCGGAGUGGUGAGACCACUAGUGGGCAGCCUGGCGUCCUCGUCACGCCGCAACCUCGCGGAGCUCGACUCGGAGACGCAGCCCUUGCAGACGCUUCACAGCUCUGGCCUGGAGGUGGUGGUGUCCAAGGGCAACGGCGGCGAAGACCCCAGCAAGGCAUCCAACGAGAGCUUGGUCAGGGAGGGCAGCGGGCGUGGAGGAGGCAGGGCGCCGCAGAAGAAGAACAGGGACAUUGGCUACAAGCUCGGGCACCGGAGGGCGCUGUUUGAGAAGCGGAAGCGACUCAGCGACUACGCACUCAUCUUCGGGAUGUUUGGGAUUGUUGUCAUGGUGACAGAGACGGAACUGUCAUGGGGGGUUUACACUAAGGAAUCUUCAUACUCAUUUGCACUGAAAUGCCUUAUCAGCCUUUCCACUGUUAUAUUGCUUGGUCUUAUAAUAAUGUACCAUGCCCGGGAAAUCCAGCUGUUUAUGGUCGACAAUGGUGCGGACGAUUGGAGGAUAGCAAUGACGUAUGAGCGGAUCUUCUUCAUUGUGCUGGAGCUGCUGGUUUGUGCCAUCCAUCCCAUCCCGGGCCAGUACGUCUUCACCUGGACGGCGCGGCUGGCCUUUACCUACACGCCGUCUGUGGCCGACGCUGACGUGGACAUCAUCCUCUCCAUCCCCAUGUUCCUGAGACUCUACCUGAUAGGCAGGGUCAUGUUGCUCCACAGUAAGCUGUUCACGGACGCUUCGUCUCGCAGCAUCGGCGCCCUCAACAAGAUCAACUUCAACACACGCUUUGUCAUGAAGACCCUCAUGACCAUCUGUCCAGGAACUGUUCUGCUGGUGUUCAGUAUAUCCUCCUGGAUCAUUGCUGCAUGGACUGUGCGCGUCUGUGAGAGGUAUCAUGACAAACAGGAAGUGACCAGUAACUUCCUGGGAGCCAUGUGGCUCAUCUCGAUUACCUUCCUCUCGAUUGGCUACGGGGACAUGGUACCAAACACAUACUGUGGGAAAGGCGUGUGUCUGCUUACAGGGAUUAUGGGAGCUGGUUGCACUGCACUGGUGGUUGCAGUGGUAGCCAGGAAGCUGGAGUUGACCAAGGCUGAGAAGCAUGUCCACAACUUCAUGAUGGACACACAACUCUGCAAACGAGUAAAGAACACAGCUGCCAAUGUACUCAGGGAAACAUGGCUCAUCUACAAACACACUAAGUUGGUUAAGAAGAUAGACCACGCCAAGGUGCGGAAACACCAGCGCAAGUUUCUCCAAGCCAUUCACCAAGCUCAGAAACUGCGCAGUGUGAAGAUGGAGCAGAGGAAACUCAAUGACCAGGCCAACACGUUGGUGGACCUGGCAAAGACCCAGAAUGUGAUGUAUGACCUGGUGUCAGAGCUGCAGGAGCGCAGUGAGGAGCUGGACAAGCGCAUCGGCACAUUGGAGGACAAGCUGGACUCGGUGACGGGCAGCCUGCAGGCGCUGCCCUGCCUCAUCUCCCAAGCCAUAACCCAGCAGCAGCAGGACUUCCUGGACGGCUUUGUUCACCGCUUUCGGCCCGCCUCACUAGCCUCAGAGCGCUCCGAACGCUCUGAGAGAUCCUGGACUUCCACCGCCCGUAGGCGGCGAUCUCCCUCCACAGCACCACACACCUCCUCUGAUAGCGGAUAACCUUGACAAACCUUCUGCCCCUCCGAGCCCCACCUUUCUCAACUCGUCACCUCAUUCUGUCCCAUCCAAAGCUGUCCCUGUAACCGCUGGCGAGUCCAUGUCUGGACUAAUAAUGAACCCAUAUCUUGACCUCUGACCUGAUCUUUGCCCUUAGUUUCUCCCUUCCACCCAUCCCCUCUCCCCUUCCUUCCCACCCAACACCAAAUCCAAAAACCAAUUCCUCUGUGACUGAGCCUCUCAGCACAGGACUGGAUCAGAGCUACUCCAAAAGAACAAAGAAAAGCAAACAGACUUAAAUCAAGAAAAAACACAAAUGCAUCCAAAAAAAGAAAAAGAGAAAAAAAAAUUUAAAAUGACUGAAAACCGAGAUAAAGUAGAGAUAUGGUUUAUGUUUUAGCCAUUGUAUGGCUGUUCAAGUUAGCUUUUUUGUAAAAGCCCUUGUAUAGUUAAAAAAUGACUGAGUUCAGGGUCGCUGGGGUGAGAGCUGGCUAUCACACCGGAGAGUCCUUAACCACGAGGGGGGAAGUUGGUCUGUGGAGCUGAGGGCCUCGGCUCACCUGCUGGCCCUCUGAGGCCAUGGAGGACAUCCGUCCACCCAUCCGUCCGUCUAUCUGUUUGUACGGUGAGGAGAGCGAGACAAACCAUUGGAUUUCCCUUUCAAAAGACUAGUGUCAUGGAUUCUUUCCCAUAGGUUAGGGUGAAAGCUUUAGAAGAGGCUGAGAAAGGGGGAGGGGAAACUGUCACACAAAAGAAGAGCAAAGGGAAUGCAUAUGGCAUUACUACUGGGUAGGAAAAAUUUACACAGUUGCCAACUUCAAUGUUUCAGCUUCCUUGUUCUUACCAAGGGAAAAUGAGAGCGACUAUCUUUUUUAGUUACAUAUUGACAUGUGAUUUUUCAGUGCCUGAAUGUAUAAAUAGUAGAGGGUUAUUUAAUUACUAAUUUCAGAGCUUUUUUACGAUGUUAACAGUCUGAAUACAGCAUUGCAUUCCUUUUUCAGAUACAUUCCUCUCCAAAAAUUUAAAGAAAAUGUCUUAAUGUAAUGCAUAACAUUGCCUCCAUUACACAGCAACUCUAAAUGUUUUGAAAAACCUUUUUUUUUUCUUUCUAUUUCUACUAACACCGUAAGAAAUGAAAAAGCUCAGAGAGUAAGUGUGUGAGUAUGUGUGUUUGUCAGAGAACGAGUUCACUUUUAGCUCAAUGCUGCACACUCAUACACACACACACACACAACAAUGAAAUAUGUAGUAGUCUACCUUUCUCACCACCACUAAUUAGAGCUUCCUGUGGUCUUCAGAUAAUGGCAUGGCUUGAGGUCUGCUGGUAUAUACGGCCACACAGGCACACAUCACUGGUCGAACUUAGAAACCAACCCUGCAUGGUUCUGUGCAAAAAUGACAAUGGAACACAAUCUUCCUCGGAUGGCUUGAUGAUUUAACAUGAUUUCCAUGUUUUGGAUUUUUAUUAUUUCACUUUUGUUUGUUUGUUGCCUUUCUUUCUUUUGUUAUUUUUUACUAAAAAGUUGCUUCUUUUUUUUUUUACUAGGAUACAUAGGGUUUUUAGAGUUGCAGAACCUAGAGAGUUGCAGUAAUGUGAUUCUGUAAUGCAUUCCCUGUUUAAAAAUAUGCGGUGAAGAAAAAUCGCUAUUACAAAAAAUAAAAACAAAAAAAAAUCCUGAAAGGAUACAAAUAAAAGUGCUGAAGAAACUUUGAUGAAUUGGUCCCUCAGAAAGUUUAACAGAAUAGUUAGACGUCUGGAGAAAAAUUCACUUACUUACUUUCUAGCUAGAUAUAAGAUGGAUACCGCGCUCAUGUCUGAACGGGAAAUAUGAGGCUAAUGCUAGCUUAGCUUAGCCUAAAGACCACGCUAGUUAAUUAGUGAGCUUUAAAAGUGCUGGUAAAUGCAUUUUGUUACCUUCUUACAGAGCCAGGCUAGCUGGUCUUUCUGGGGUUUUUUUGUUUGUUUUUUCUGUCUCUAUGCUAAGUUAACCAGCUGCUAGUAUCUUCAUAUUUACAGACAGGAGAAUGGUAUCAGUCGUUUCAUGUAACUCAGCAAGAAAGCAAAUUAUUGUGUAUUUCCCAAAAUGUCAAACUAUUCUUUUAUUACAUAAGGUGUAAGGGCCUCGGUUUUGUGUUUCUAAAUGACAUUGGAACACUAUGAUAGUGGAGAAAUUAGAAAAAGGCAUGGCGUAUGACGUAUUCUAGAGUUAUGAUGAAUUGUAGAUUUUUGAUUUGAAGGGAAAUAUUUAGGAUCUUUAAAGUUAUGUUUUUCCCAAAGUACAAGUCUCAGGAAGGAUCAGGAAGUCAGCGGGUUAGCGGGCUAGCAUGCUGUCCUAAAGUAGUUUGAAUGGUAGAUAAUCUGAGUCCCAAAAGGAUGUUAGAUCAUCUUUAUGGCCCCUUAAGCUAACAGACGAGUAGGAUCAUGAUUAUUUCCUGGAUCUUAUUUAUUUCCAAGCUGCUUCGGGCUCAAUCUGGUCUGAGUCAAACCCUGUGAGACAGUGAGCGAGUCCACUCUCCCACAGGCUCUGGACCAGCCAGAGAGCACUUCAUUUAAGAACAUAUUCAGUUUGCUACGAGUGGAACUUAAUCAAGCAUGAAUAUUAGCUUUUUUCCUUUCAACUUGAGUUGAUGAAGCAUGACUCUUUACUGCCCCCACCUUUAGCCACUUCUCGUACAGUGCUACACUCAAACCUUCCUCUACGAAGCGAUCUAUCACGACCAUUACAGUCUCUGUUUCAAUCAGUGUCAUCCAAUGAGUCAGGACGGCUAAUGGAAGAUUAUCUGCUUGAUUGCGACCUCACCUGCCUCUUCGUAUCUAAGGUUUCCACCUCUUCAUUAAAUCGGAGGUUUAGCCUUGCACUUGUCAUCUGUCAUCAUUAAGAAAAUCAUUCCUCCCCUCCCCGCACACACAAAGAGGCUUCCCACAUGGCCCACAGCAAAGACCUUUGAGUGGUUUGAAUAAAGAAAAAAAAAGCACAUAGAAAGGAGCCCCCAGGUCAUAUUCCAUGUUGCACUCAGUGUGUAAUAUUUAGUUACACCAAGAAGGAUCACAGAUGCUGCAGUGUCUUCCCCAGAGAGAUGUGACAGUACUGGUGUUAAGGACUUCAUCCUUCAUCGGGCGGCAGGAGAGAGGGCGAGAGGAGACUGAAAGAAAAGACAAAAAUUAGAACAAUAACUCAUUUACUGACAGAUGUCCAUUUUUGCCCAGGGGGGUUGUGAACAACAAGAGUGGGUGUCCUGUAAAUAUGACCUCAUUGUAGAUGUCGCCAAGUAAACGGGACAAAUGGUGAACCGCAGGGGUAAUGGUAGCUGGGUGCAGCGCACAGCAUGUGACAAGCAAGCUGUAGAAAAACAAUAUCUAGAAAGGAUAUGAAAUGUUUGAAAUUCUGGGAAAUUAAAGAUAGCAUUUUAUUCUUUUUUUUUCUGCUGAUGGACGUAUGAUCAGGUUCUGUUGUUUUUUUCCCCCUUUUUUAUAAAGGUUUGUUUUCUCCCGUCCUUAUCUCGUCACCAACAAAGUCCUGCCAAAACACCAUUCCAAUAUUUAAUAGUGAUCUGAUAUUUUCCACCAGAAAAUAAAAAAAAUCCACAGUAUUUUGUAGUGAAGUGAGGGAUAUUCAUGAUGUUAUUCUGGUGAUGGUAGAUGAGUCAAAGUGAUAAACGCAUCCCAGAGUCUUUUAUUAUCCUGAAAAAGUAGGCUUUCCUCAUAGAGCAGGAAUCAGAACACACUUCAACCGAACAAUAACAGAGUGAAAAAUCCCCAAAAAGUGAAGAAAUGUAACCCAAUCAUUGUUCUGUGUACACUGCCACAUGAUGCAUAAUGUACGUAGUAGCACUGGAAUAAAUCAACUUUUAAUGGAUGGCAAAUGGGUUUAACAUGUUCUCUGUAUACUGUUUGCUGUUCCUUCAUUUUGCAGGUGAACUUUUGUCCUAGCAAGGAGAGACACCAAGGUCAAAUCAUUAAAGACUAUCUUCAGCUAUGA